AUGCGGAAUGAAAACCCUUCCGAUUUUUUACGCUGCAAACGUCGGAAUUCAUGCGAGGCAUUGGGGUUCCUGAUGCAACAGUGUCGACCGGCAGCAGUAGCUAGAAGAAAUGAGCGCGAGAGAAACCGCGUGCGACUCGUGAACAUGGGUUUUGCUACGCUUCGACAGCACGUGCCAAAUGGUACCAAGAAUAGGAAGAUGAGCAAAGUGGAAACGUUACGAUCUGCCGUGGAAUACAUAAAACAACUACAAGAACUUUUGGCUCAUCAGGAUGAGAGCGACUAUUAUGAUGGAACAUUGCUCACCAUCCCGACAACAGAAGCUGAAUGUGAUCCUGCUUGUUCCACUUUGACCUGUAGCUUAUCACCGACCUAUCCUUCAUCAACAGUUUCAUCCUGUCUUUCUUCAGAAGUUCCAUCACUUUCCGCGUCUCAUCUAGGAGCUGAGACAGCGACUAUCAUUGCUAAUUUCCAGCAGGGUACCUUAUCCCCAACCGGGAGCACUGGCUAUGAAACUCCAUCCUCACCGGGUAGCACAACGAAUGACAUCUCAUUGUCAACUCUUAGCACCAGUGACUGUUAUCCUAACGGAACAACAAACUGUUCCGACGUAGCUGAGCUUAAUUACGAAUACGACGAUUUUGUUAAAUUCGCCAAUUGGUUUGUUUGA